GCAUUUCAGCGCUAACGCCGAAAGUGAAAAGACCCAAAAUGUUAUCAAAAAUUAUUAGAAGACAACACAACAGUCUCUGUAAUGUAUGGACGCACAAAAAAUUUUCAACAGCUAUUGAUAUCAAGCCUGAUCAUUCCAGUCUGGAAAAUUCCUAUGCCAGUGAUUUACAAAAGGAAUGGCAACAAGCGAAACCAUUCUCAGCAGUACCAGGCCCAAGCAGAUUUCAAAUGAUUCGUGGCUUCAUGAAAGGUGGCGAAUUUCAUGAUAAGCCAUUUGAUGUUCUCUUGCGUCUGUUUCGAUCUCGUUAUGGUGACAUUUUUUUGAUACCCGGAAUGUUUGGACAAAAUACCCACAUGGUUUCCUUCAAUCUGGCUGAUCAUGAGAAAAUUUUUCGCACCGAAGGUCCAUAUCCAAUGAGACCGGGCAAUGAGUUGGCCCUUGAAUAUCGUUUGGCGCGAGAGGACGAUUUAUAUGAUGAAGAAAAUUUAGGUGUUGCUGGACAUGGUGCUCAGUGGGGCAAAUUUCGUCAUGCUGUUAAUCCAGUUCUAAUGCAACCCAGAAAUAUUGUGCUCUACAUUAAUCCCACACAAACAGUUAAUGAAGAGUUUAUCAAAAGAAUACGUCAAAUACGCGAUCCGAACACCCUUGAAGUGCCUGGCAAUUUUCUAACUGAAAUUAAACGUUUAUCCUUUGAUUCGGUUGCUUACAUUGCUUUAGACAAAUACUUUGGCCUUGUUCGCAAUGAUGCCUGCCUACCGGAAGCUCAAGAAUUAUUUGACAAUUUUCAGAUGUUUUCAAUGGCAACAUACGAUUUGGGUAUAAAACCCUCAAUUUACAAAUACUUUAAAACUCCCACCUACAAACGUUUCGAAAAGGCAAUGGACAGAAUAACGGAUAUAUGCUGCAAAUUUGUAGACGAAGCUCUGGGGCGCAUCGAAAAUACUGGUCAUAAGGGUGAGGGUAGAAGUGUGUUGGAGCAAUUGUUGAAAAUCGAUCGUAGAAUUGCCAAAAUUAUGGCGGUGGAUAUGUUAAUUGCGGGGGCCGAUACCACUUCCACAAUAAUGUCGGGAGCCCUUUUGUGCUUGGCCACCAAUGCGGAGAAACAGCAAAAGCUGCGUGAAGAAAUCCUUAAUACCGUUGGCAAAACUGAAAAAUUCACCAUGGAAAAUAUGAAAAAUCUUCCCUAUUUAAGAGCCUUCAUUAAGGAGUCCUUGCGCUUGUAUCCCAUUAUCUUUGGAAACAUGCGUGGCACAGGUAUGAAUUUAUGUUUGAGUGGCUAUCAAGUACCCAAAGGGACUCAUGUCAUUUUAACCUCAAAUUUGUUGCUACAAGAUGAAAAAUAUUUCAAUCGCCCCAAAGAAUUUCUGCCUGAACGCUGGUUACGCUCCAACGAUGGAGAGUUAUCGGACGGCACAUCGCUCAAGCAUACCAAUCCCUUUAUAUUUUUACCCUUUGGUUUCGGUCCCCGUUCCUGCGUUGGCAAACGUGUUGUCGAAUUAGAGCUGGAAAUAACUCUGGCCAAUAUUGUGCGAAAUUUUCAAAUGGAAUACAAUUACUCAACGGAAAAUGCAUUUAACACUUACUUCAUGAAUACGUGUAACAUACCACUGAAAUUCAAAUUUACAGAUUUGAAAUAAUGAUGGAAUCUAUUGACUUUAGUUAAGAUUUAUUCGCAUGUCUCUUUUAAAUAUUGAAU